UUUUAUAUUUUUUUGUUAUUAAUAAUUUUUAAUUUACUUAAUUAUGGAGAAAUAUGAUAAUUAUCGUUUUUACGAUUCCCUGGACUAUUUGAUACCACCAGUUAAGAAACAGCAGCAAAAUUUAGUAAACGAGCCGAAAACAUUAAAAAAAUAUCAGGAUACCAAAGAAAUUGAUGUGUCUACUUAUUCUUCGACUCACAUUAAACGAAAUAAUCAAGAGAAAGUUAAAAAAAAAUACCCAGCGUUAGAUCCAGAAGAAUAUAUCCUGAAAUCUAUUUUACCAUUCGACGACAUUAAACAUAAUAAGAAAAAAUAUAGUAAAAAUUACAAGCCAGUUAUAAAGAUUACAGUAGUACCGAAAUCGGUUGAGACGCAGACUUCUAAGGUUUUCAAUAAAAAAAUCUCAAAAAAGAUAAUAAAAAAUAGUUGCUCUAAUCACGACGGAUUACACUCUAAUAACGUUUGUUCUGUCUCUGGAAGGAAGCGUGAAAAAAUUUUCGAAAUAAAAUCUUCAGAAAGCGAAAAUUUCUAUAAGAAACGCUUAUAUUUUUUUAAUAAAAUGGACAAAAAUAACUUCAAAGAUAAAAGAAAGAAAGAUGGCAAGAAGGAUUUUAAUGACGAUCUAAGAAAAUGUAAAACUAUCAACUGCCCAAACAAACCAGGCAUACCCGAUGUCAGUAGACAUAGAAGCCAUGUUAAAAUCGUUGGUAGGUUAGGUCUGACCACAGACGACAGAUAUGUGUUGAAUUGUGCUGCUACGAUAGAUGAUAGACCAAUUAUUACGAAUAUCACUCAAGAUGAGCCGAUGAGAAACAAACAUGGCGAACAACCAGUUUUCGAGCAUAGCCGACGCUCUCGAAACUAUAGUCCAAAUGAAUACGUUUUCAACGAGACUGCUGCUUGCAAUAGUGAUUGCUCAAGAAUGGAAUCCCAAGGCAUUCAAGUAAAUUUAUUUCAAGAUUUAGAAUAUAAAAAAAGGAACGGGCCCAUGAAAAAUAAGUAUAGCCAAUGUGUAUGUACUGGCGAAACAAUUAAAUCGGAAAAUGAGACUGCUAAAGGAUUUCAAACUCCCAUUGUCGUCAUUUCAGUGUAUCCCAAAGAAAACGGGAGCGAUGGUCAUAUGAUCAGAGUUGAAGAAAGACAAAUGUCUCCAAACAUGGAAGUCCAACAAAAAGGAUCAAACAAGGAUAAAAAAUCAACUUUCCAAAGGCUUGCAUCGCCAAAAGAAUUAUCCCCUAAUAACAAAGAGUAUCUAAGAGAAACUAACAAUAGUAAAAUGUUUAAAAACAAUCAGAAAAGUGUAUCUCCAAAUCGUUUUUCCAAAUCUACUAGAAAUCAUAUUCCACUUGGAAGCUCUAGAACAGACGUAUUUAGUAAAAGAAGUAAAGCACAAUUAUCCAAAAAACAAUACCAAAGUAGACAAAAUACGGAAACACGCGGAGCCCAAAAAAAAUUAGACACAAAUCGAAGUUUGGCAAAGAAAGCUUUAGUCGACAAUUAUAUCAAUAAACUGGAAACUGAAGAAGCUAAAAAUAAUAGAGACAUAGCAAGACAUGAAUAUGCUCCACCAAAAGAUAAAACUUCAAAGGUUACUGUGAAUAUUGAUGGUGAAUCCGAACGUUAUAAUUUACUUUUUAAACAUGAUAGACAAAAUACAGAUUUUUCAGUAAGAAAAACUGUCAAAUCAAAGAAGAAGACACACCUUGCCUCUAUGGAAAAUUUAUUAAUUUUAUCAGAUAACACUAAAAUCCCUGCUUCUGGGUCGUUAUCACUCUCAGCCAAUUCACCCGUGAGUUCAAGAAAAAAUUCAAGGUCUCCUAAUCCAGGUAAAGCAGAAAAAAAUAUAGAUAAAAGAUCUUCCAACUUAAAUGUUCGAGACAGUAUAGAAGUUUUUCAUGGACGAACAAGCCUUGGUAACUCUAAACAAAAAGUGGCAGAAAAAAAUAACAACAAUACGAUUGACAAUAAUUAUUAUGAAGGACGGGCUAAGCAUUACCGUGGGGACCCGUGCGUAAUUCCAGAUCCAUCUGAAAGAGACAAGGAGAUAAGGCAGUUGUUGGGUAUUUUAACGGGGCGAAAUCUAAAUGAGCCUAAACCAAAUUCUCGACAAUCUCAGGAAACCUUUAUUGUAAAAAACUGCGAAGAAUGCUUCAUCGAAAACGAAUGCAAAAAGAAAGUAAAACUAAGUAGCAGUCUAGCUAAACUAUUCCCACAAAAAUUUAUUACAAAACUACAAUAUAAAUCAAAGGCUGAUUUAAAACAUUCCGAAGAAACAAAAAAUAAUGAAUUGAACGACAUAUUUCCAAUAAAAACAAAACGUAGAACAGAAGAUGUUCAACCAACAAUUUGUGGAGUCGCACAGCACGACAGAUUAUGUACAAACCAUUCCACAUUGUCAGGUGGCUCUAAAGAUAAUGUUAUUUAUAAUAAUAGAAACGUAGAAAAUGGAAAUGAUGCCAAUCUUAUACUAAAUAGAAAUAUACACGUGUUUUUAGAAGUAGAACAGUUUACAAAACAAAAACCUAUAAUGUUGACUCGAAAACAAUAUAAUAAAGUUAAGAGAACGAUACAAAAUACUGUGUGUAAAAAGUUUAGCAAUGAGAGAAAAAAGGCAAAUUACUAUAGUAGCGUUACAAUUGGAGAAGUAAGAAUAAAAUCCAAAUUUCAGAGAGUGGUUCGAUUAAGCAAGGAGGUUCAAACUGAUAAUACAAAUUUUAAAAAAAUCAGCUCUGACACGUUAUCUGACAAGUAUAAUGAAUCUGAAUGUUCGUUUAAGUGGGAUAUAGAAAAGAAAAAUGAAAUUAGCGAAUCAACAACAGAGGAAAAUAAAAAUGCUCAGUUAUUGAGUAAGCCAAGAAACAUCGUUUCAUCGAUAGAGGUCCGAUAUGCUAGCGUAUCACUAAUGAAACAUGUCACUUAUUCUUCACUGGCGUGUAAUAAAGACAAUUCGAAUUUUGUGGAACAUAAGGAUUCAAACUCAAUUCAUACUAUUUUUAAAGGUCACAAGAAGUCAGUAACGCCAAACCUCGGGACAUCUGCAUAUUCUUUGUACUCUAGCAAUAGUAACCAUACAAGCCUAAGCAAAGGAUCUCAAUUGAUCGACUCAAAAAAGAAGCCGCUACUGCAGCGUUUGGUGUCGUGUCUCAUAAUGAGAUCAAAAGUGUCAGAAAUAAAAAUAGGCAAACCACCUCAUAAGCAACCAACUAAAAAUAGCUCAAUUAACUCGUAUAAUAUCAGCACAUCAUUCGCGGGUGUGGAAAUACCAUCGUCAUUAUAUGACACGUCCGCAUCUUUUUAUAGUAACCAUACAAUUAUGCCUGUGUACAAGAUGAAACGAAGCUUCUUCAGUUCCGUUAAAGGAUUUCUUACUCAUCACCGAAAUUGAAAACCUUUCAUUAUAUAUAGGUUUUUUGUCAUAUUAAUAACACGUGUGGUUUAGUAAUUUACAAUAUUAUAGAUAUUAUUAUCA